AUGGAGGUCGAUAAGAAGCUGACCAUGAGCCUGGACGACCUCAUAGCCAAGCAGGCCAGGGAGCGGAAACCGGACAAAAGGCCUGACGCACGAGCCAAGAAGGGCGCCAUUGCCAAGGUCCUGCAGCAGACGGGCCGUGCAGCCAACCGCAGCAACGGACAGAUGCAGCAGCAGAAGUCUGCCAACGGCCGCGUCAUCGCCAUCACCUUCAAGAACCCGGGGCGGGGCGGAGCUGGUGUAGGGCAUCAGGCAUCAACGCAAGGCCAGAAGCCCAAGCCGGUGCCGGCUUCGGCGCCCAGGUUCCUCGCAGACCAGCAGAACAGGGCCCAUUCGAGCGGGCCCUUGGUCCUCUCCGGGAGCAGGGAGCAGCGUGGAUCGCUGACACACCUGCACACAGACUUCUCAGCCCCCGGGAGCCUGCGACGGAACAAGCACGGUGUGCUCAUUCCCGCCUGA